GUGAUUUUGAAAUUGGCCUUAACAGACACGAAUCCUGAUUCCAUUUACAUUCCGCCUUCUUUCUCCUUCCGCUACCUCGAAUCUCGUGCACGUGCCGUUGCAGAUUGCAGAGUAUUUGGGUUGAGAGUUUUGUUUCGUCUUGGGCCAAGGCACAACCGCAUGAAAGCAAUAAAAUAUCAGGAAAAUAGAUCAGAUAGAAGCAAAAAAAAUGCCAGAAAUUCAGUUGGGUAUGCAUACUAUCAGAUCACAUGGAACUAGAGUGGCAAGGACACAUAUGCACGACUGGUUGAUUCUUUUGCUUCUUGUGAUCAUCGAUGCUGUCUUGAAUUUAAUACAGCCAUUUCACCGUUUUGUUGGAGAGGGGAUGAUGACAGACCUUAGAUACCCAUUGAAAGCUAAUACAAUUCCCUUUUGGGCUGUUCCGAUAAUAGCAAUAUUGUUACCACUGGCUGUUUUUCUCGUUUACUAUUUCAUUCGUAAGGAUGUCUAUGACCUCCACCAUGCUAUAAUGGGCCUUCUAUUUUCUGUACUCAUUACUGCGGUGAUGACUGAUGCUAUCAAGGAUGCUGUUGGACGGCCAAGGCCAGACUUCUUCUGGCGUUGUUUCCCUGAUGGAAAAGGGGUGUUUGAUCCAGUAACAAGUAAUGUUCUGUGUACUGGAGAUAAGGGUGUUAUUAAGGAAGGGCACAAAAGUUUCCCCAGUGGACAUACCUCUUGGUCCUUUGCUGGUCUUGUUUAUCUUGCUUGGUAUCUAUCUGGAAAACUUAGGGCAUUUGACCGCAGGGGGCAUGUUGCAAAGCUCUGUCUUGUUUUCUUACCAAUCCUCGUGGCAGCUAUGAUUGCUGUCUCUCGUGUUGAUGAUUACUGGCAUCAUUGGCAAGAUGUGUUUGCUGGAGCUCUUAUAGGGAUGAUAAUUGCUUCAUUUUGUUACUUACAAUUCUUUCCACCUCCAUAUGACGUAGAUGGUUGGGGACCUCAUGCAUAUUUCCAGAUGUUGGCUGAAUCUCGUAAUGGUGCUCAGCCCUCUACUGUCAAUAAUGAGAUUCAUCAUGUGCAAUCUGCUGAGCUUCAGGCUGUAUCUUUGUAUAUCCCACCUCAACAUGAUGCAGAUACACGAGGCAAUAGCUGGGAUUCAAGCCCCAUGUUAGGUGCAUCCCAAAAUGUAAGAACACACUGACGACAUAGGAAAGAUCACCAACAUGUCCAUAAUCUGUAAAAAUUAUAGGAGGGAUUCGUUGCAGAUGAACCACUUUAGCAUUGUUGGUGGUUUAAAAUGCGGAUAUCAAUCAAUUUCUUUGCUUGUUGGAUUGGAAAUUUGGGAUGCCAUGUUAGUUGUCUUUAAUUUUCCGGCCAGCUUAUAUUUGUUAGUUGUCAAAGCACUGUUUCUAUACAGAGAAUGAUUUAAUCGGCUCAACAGGAUUCAAGCAUACAAUAUUUUGCAACUCGAGGAAAAGGGGGGAAUAAAUGAAUUUCUUGAACUCCUA